GUAGCAUUUCCAUAGUCACCAAGGUGUAAAAAGAAGAGGAAAGAAGGUAAGAAGCACUGUUGGGUGUUGACUUAUAGAUUCUGAGGAGCGAGGAGAAGAUUAAAAUAAAGGCUUUUGUUUUGUCUGUUGUUUUCCCAUAAUUUGGUGCCAUGGAAGCUGCAUUUCAGUCUGGUAUUGCCUCUGCUUCUCUACAAGUCAUCCUUGAAAGAUUUGCAACUUUUGCUCUCAACGAGAUUGGCCUAAUACUCGGCGUUGACGAUGAGCUCAGAAAAUUGGAAAAAACUCUGUUGAAAAUCCAAGCACUUGUUGACCUUGUUGAGGACAGUCAUGCCAUCAACAACACCAAGGCUUGGCAAGUCUGGCUCGAAGACCUCAAGAAACUUUCCUACGAUGCAGACGACCUGCUCGAUGAAAUUUCUCUCGAACUCUCCAGGUUCAAAUCGAAUUCUCACCCACAAAUCUAUACUAACAAAACCCAGGUGCGCGAUAUGGUCUUUUCAACUUUUAAAUUGGGUUUACCUCAUGAGAUUAGUAAGUUACAGAAGGAAUUGGAAGGUAUUGCUAGUGAAAUGGACAGUUUUUCUCUAACUCAAUUGAUCAAAUUUGGGUUUCCAAGGAGGGAUAUGGGGAUCCAAUUGGGUAGUACAAGUUGUGGUAGUAGUAGUGUAUCAUUGGUAGAGGAGAUGAAUUUAAUUGGAAGAGAGAAGCAGAAGGAAGAGAUUGUGGAAAUGUUGUUGACUGAGGAUGUUGGGGGAAACAAUGUUUCUGUGAUUCCUAUAGUGGGUAUGGGUGGUUUGGGUAAGACAACACUUGCUCAGAUUGUUUACAAUAAUGAGGAAAUAGUGAAGGAUUUCGAUUUGAGAAUGUGGGUAUAUGUGUCUGUAGACUUUGAUGUGAUUAGGAUUACAAAGUCAAUCAUUGAGUCUGCUACUGAGAGAAGUUGCAAGUUGUUGGAUUUGGAUCCAAUUCAGGUUACGGUGCAAAAAUUACUCCGGGGUAAGAAGUUUUUGUUGGUGUUAGAUGACUUGUGGAAUGAGAAUUAUGGUGAUUGGGAUGUCUUGAGAGCACCUUUUAGAGUUGGGUUAAGAGGAAGCAAAAUUCUGGUGACCACUCGGAGUUCGAUAGUUUCAUUGAUUGUUGGCACCACUCCGCCAUACUACUUGCCCAGUUUGUCUGAUGAAGAUUGUUGGAAAGUGAUGAAACAAAGAGUGUUCUUAAAUUGGAAUUCGGAUGAGAAUGAGAGGUUUGAAGUGAUUGGUAAAAAGAUAGCCAAGAAAUGUGAUGGUCUUCCAUUGGCAGCCAAGACACUUGGGAGUGUCUUACAUUCAAAAACCAGUGAAAAAGACUGGGACACACUGUUAAGAAGUGAGCUGUGGGAUUUGCCUCAAGAUAAAAAUGAAAUAUUUCCAGCUCUAAGACUGAGCUACCAUCAUCUGCCUACACAUCUAAAGAGAUGUUUUGCUUAUUGUUCAAUAUUCCCUUGCAAUCAUGAGUUUGAAAUAGAUAAUUUGGUCCUUGUGUGGAUGGCGGAAGGACUCAUUCAACCUGUAGGAGAACAAAGAUUGGAAGACAUUGGCAGUGACUACUUCAGUGAUCUACUUUGGAGGUGUUUUUUUCAAUAUUCACAUGUUAAUAUUCACAAUCAACCAGUAUAUAAGAUGCAUGAUGUCAUUCACAGCAUGGCACAAUUCAUUUCUGCUGGUAUGUGCUUUCGGAUGGAGAACGACAAAGGAUGCUGGUAUCCUAUGUUUAGAAAUGUUCGUCAUUUGUCUUUGAAUCAUAAAAAUAUUCAACAUAUUACUUCAAAGCCGUUUGAUAGAUGUAGAAGAAGAUUGCGAACAUUCUUAGUGAUGUGUGAAGAUGGUGCUUGUGUUGGACAAAUCCCUUCUGAUCUAUUUCUGAAAUUAGGUCGCUUGAGAAUGUUGGAUUUAAGUUGUAUUGGCAUUGAUGAGCUGCCAGAUUCCAUCGACCACUUGAAACAUCUUCGGUACCUCAACCUCUCUGAGAAUCGAUUCCAAAAGCUUCCUGAAUCAAUUGAUAAUCUUGUAGGCUUACAAACAUUGAAGCUCAGAAACUGCUUUGAACUUCUUGAAUUACCCAAAAACUUGAAAAAUCUGACCAACCUACGACAUCUUGACUUGGAUGUAAAACGGCAACUGAAUUCUAUGCCAUCGGAACUUGGAAGAUUAAUUAAUCUCCAAACCCUCUCUGCUUUUAUCGUGGGAAAAGAAAAAGGACGUAGUGUUGCGGAGCUGAAGAACAUGAGGUUUCUUAGGGGAUCGAUUUGCAUUACAAAUCUUGAGAAUGUGAUGAAUGUAAUGGAGGCUAAGGAAGCAAUGUUAGACAAGAAACCACACCUCAACAAAGUGGAGUUUCAGUGGAACAACUUCGGAGAUAGAUUCAUUCAACAAGAAGUCCUAGCAGGCCUACAGCCUCAUGAAAAUGUGAAAGAGUUACAAGUGACAAACUACGGUGGAAUAAUUUUUCCUAGUUGGCUGAGUGACCCAUUGUCAUGUAAACUUGUGAGUAUUCACUUGCAAAGCUGCCAACGAUGCACUAUCCUCCCCCCUCUUGGGCAACUUCCGUUGCUGAAAUCUCUUUACAUUGAAAGUAUGGGUGAUUUGGUUAAUGUGGACCAUCGUUUUUGUGGGUUUGGUACUGUUAGGGGGUUCCCUUCAUUAGAGUCACUAAGAUUCCAUGAUAUGCCAAACUUGACUGCAUGGAAAGGUUUAAGUCCUGCUGACAUGCCUUGCCUUUUGGAGCUCACCAUUGUAGAUUGUCCACGACUAGUUACAUUACCAUUACUUCACAACCUCAGUUGCCUAGAAAAUCUAGACAUCAGUCGAUGUCCAAAACUUCAGUCAUUACCAGAGGAAGGUCUGCCAACUUCUCUUAAAACCUUGAUUAUUGUAGAAAGUGUCAUUUUAAAAGAAAGAUGCAAGGUGGAAGAAGGUGAAGAUUGGUGCAAGAUAAAAACAAUCCAGAAGAUAGAGAUUGACUACAUAGAGAUUCCUAGGCGGUCACAAAGAAUCUGAAAGUUGCAAGCAUCAUAGCUGAUUCACUACUUGCGUCGGACUAUUUUGAAACUUCUGUAUCAAACAGCCUUUUGUGGAGUUGAAGUAAACAUGAGCAUAAUCGAGUUUGAAGUUUAACUAAAAGGAUGCGACAAGGUUGGGUUUUGAAUUGCCUCUCUACAUUUAUAAGGAUUGCCUUACACAUCCUCUGGAGCUGUCAAAAUAUGAUAAAAAAUUAUUCACAAUUGAAUAGAUCUUGUUCUUUUGAAUCCAUGUCCAUGAAAACUGAUUCAAUAAUGCUGACCAAACAAUCUGAACUAUAUGAUGUCCACAGUGUGAACUUAUCUUUAGAACUAUUGUAUUCAUUUGACACACAAAUGUGAUUAUUGUAAUUUUAAUUUUUUUUUUUUGUUAAAAUUUUAUUGUAACUUCCUUUUUUGUUCUUUAAUAUCACCAGCAUUUUAUGU